UGACUCAGACCAAAGUAAAGAGCGCGGGAAAACGUUGUAUACACACUUGCCCAAAAUAUGCCGAUUGAUUUGUUAACGUUUGCUGGCUCACUUUACACAUGAAGGAGAAAAUGGUUCAGGCGGACUACUAACGUUACUCCAGCAUAAUAUCAUGUCGCUGGGGACGUCAAGUGUGUGUCCCACUCAGAAAAGAACACUCUCGUGUCUUCUUGCAGGGCGUGUUGGGAAGAGACCAAGGCAGGUGAAUGCAGAGGAGCUGCGGGAGGCAGCAGUCCAGCUGCUAAACAGACACCAGAACCUCUCUGAUCUUUUUCUGGAGGUUGGGAGUCUGGGCCCUUGCAAUUUAAUAUGCCAAGGGAAAUCUGCACAGAAAGAAUUGUCCAUUAGAAGUCCUGGGGCUGUGUUUCUUGUUAGUGAGUUGAGGAAGAAGGCUGCGGAGCUGGAGCUUCCUGUGGCAGCCAUAUCUGUGAAGAUGGUGCUGGAGAGACUGUUGGACCUGACCAGCAAUAUCAAGGGGGACAGAGAGCACGUCCUGCUCAACUCUGCUCAAAGGGCCCAGCUCUUUGUUCUGUUCCAGUCAACCCGUGAGCUCCUUUCUCUCGGAGCCUUCUGCUCUAAACUCUUCUGGCAGGAGUACUGGAGGGAUCAGAAGCAGCCCGUGCUGGAGGUGGUGUACCAUUUACACACUCAGAAUAUCCUCAGUCUGGACCACGUGUUGGAAAGGAAUGGGGCAAGGCUCUGGUUGGUGUCUGAGUUGAAGGCUCUGUGUGGUUGGACGGCUUCUGAGAAUGAUGAUGGAGAUGUGGUCCGUCAGCAGGUUCUGUCUACUGUGGUGACAGCGCUGGUACAAGCUGGUUUUGAAGGGACCCAGGACUCGGCCGUGCCAACGUCCAGGAAGCAUUCCCAGGUGUGCUGCUUAGUUCUGGAUGACAUGCUCUCCUGGGUCCUGGAUACUUUGGGUAGCCAGCAGCUCCUGCAGUCUGGUGAAACCGCUGCGGCGUUAUGGGUGCCGAUGUUUGACGCUUCCUUGUGUGGUGUCUCCGUCUCACCUGACGCACUGCGCCGUUUCUUCACCCACUCUCUCACCCACACUCUCACUUACAGACCCAGACUCAAAGUAUCUGAUGCCGUUGCCACGCAAAGAGAGUGGGGCUUCGCUAAAACCUGUCCGCUGUUGACCACCUUGUUUCGUAAGUUGGCAGUUGUCUUCGAGGUACAGGAGCUUCUCUCUCACCUGCAGCAGGUACUGGAGACUCAUGAGGUGAACUGGCAGCAUGUGCUCUCCUUUGUCUCCACACUGCUGGUGUACAACCCACACACCCAACCUAUUCUGAAAGAGCUGUUGUCCAGGCUCCUUAGUUCAGCAUUCGAGGUGUAUGACUUGGAGAACAUGAUCACGGCCUUCCUCCUGGCCCGCCAAGGAGCGCUCGAGGGCCCGGGCGUUUUCCCAUCCUACAGUGAGUGGUUUAAGAUGGCUUUUGGUGGUGCCAACAGUUGCCAUGGCAACAGUAAGAAAUCUUUGGUGUUCCUGCUGAAGUUCAUGUCGGACCUGGUGCCCUUUGAGCCCCCACAGUACCUGAAGGUCCACAUCCUCCAUCCACCCUAUGUCGCCACGAAACACCGGGCCCUACUGAAGGAGUACGUGUCCCUGGCCAAGACCAGACUAGCUGACCUGAAGGUCUCUGUGGAGGAGAUGGGUCUUUAUGAAGACGUCUCUGGAGCAGGAGCCUCAGUGCAGCCGCGGUCUCAGGCGCUUCAGGAUGUGGAAAGAGCGGUGUCGUUGUUUGACAGCACAGGAAGGAUAUCUGCCACAGUCAUGGAGGCCAGCAUUUUCAGAAGGCCUUAUUUCCUGAACCGUUUUCUCCCUGCUCUCCUAACCCCGCGUGUGCUUCCUGUGAAGCCUGAUGCCAGGAUGAAUUUCAUCGACUCGCUGAAAAUAGCAGAAAAGAUCCCAGCUGCCCUGUACUCCUCCUACGUAGAGUCUUGUCAGAGGGAGAGACGGAGGCACCAUGACGGUAAAGGGCACUCUGUGGUGAAUGAUGAAGAUCCACUGGAGGUUCUACAGGUCCAACUACAGGAUCUUAGAGCCCAGCUGACAGAGGUUGGUGAUGGAGAAGUGUGUGCCCAGCUGGCCAGGAUAUCCCACACACUGAGUAUCGUGUUCCCUGAACGUGCUGAGGAACUGGUUGGCCAACCAAUCAUUUGUCUUCAUGUAGAUGAUCCUACUUCCCCUGAGCUGCACACUAAAGUGGUCAACAUGAUUCUAAGGAGCUUCUGCCAGAGUCUUUUGGACACCUCCAGAAUAAGUCCACCGAAUAAACAGAGCCCCUGGGCGGCCCAGUUCGUCAACAGUCUGCUGGGACGUAGAAAGCUGCCCGCUGCCAUCCUGCAUCGCAUGUGGGAUCUACUCCACAACCAGGGGGCUUCACUGAGUGCUGCUCAUGUUCUUGGACUGGCAGCGUUUGCUGUGCACCUCCAUGCCUCCCAGGCCCAAUGUCCCAUGGUUCAGUUGUCCCCAACCCUGCUGUCCGGCCCUCUGUCUGGCCCAGAGGCACUGACCGCCGCCCUGUCCUGCACCACCCAGACCGACAUGCUCUUCUGCAUCCGGUUCUGUGUGGCGGCCCUGUGCUACGGGCUCUGCCUGAGUGAGUCAGCGUGUGAACAGCGGCUGCAGUAUGUUCCCUGCGGCCUCUAUAAAAAGUUGCUGUACCUAAUUCCCAGACUAAUACCAGAUGCUCGGACGUUGCCCAUUGAAGUGAAUGGGGAAUCUGAAUAUGUGGGGCCAGACAGACAGGUUGAAGGCGAUCAUUGGUUGUGGAAGAGUGUUACUGACUCCGAUACGACCUGGAGGAAGUCUGCCUGGGUGCUGUGGAGCCAUGCCCCCUUCCGUCUCCUGGUCAAACUCUCAGAAUACCAGUUGUCCUUUUCAGAGUGGCUGGCAGCUGAACUCCGGGUGCAGAGGAGUGAGGAUGCCCUGUCUGACCCAGAGAGACAGGAGUACCAGCAGUGGGCGUGUCAGCAGCUCUACCUCCCGUCUCCUGAAGACCAGGGGGGCUGUGGAGGAGACGUGAGGAGCGCCUGUUCACACAUUCUGAAUGCUAUCGUGGACCAGCAGAAUGGCGCUCAGACCCAGGAGAACAAUGUCAGACCAUUACAGAUGGGCACAUGUCUCCCAGAUAUCCUCUGCAGACUUCAGGAGAUGGUUUAUGAGAUGGAGCUCACCAGUCGCUCUCAGGGGACUAAAGAUGAGCAGGGACAUUUCCUAUUGGAUCUGAUUUCACGUAGAUGCUCUGUGAUCUCUGAUCUUUCGAGAACCAGUGGUGAGCUGAGCUUUCAGCAGACCCUGCAGACAUGGAACAGGGUUAUCCUGUCACUGCCUGCAGCCAUGUUGGUUACGGUGAAGACUGAUGGAGGGAAGAGGACUCUGGACUGUGGGACCCUCAUGGAACAUGUCAACCAGUAUCAGAGGAAUGUCUGCACCCCAAGCGGACUCCUGCCCUACCAGCUAACAGCACACUGCCUAACCGCUGUGCUCAUGGCCGGUGUGAGCUGUUCCUGUCCGUCAGGGGAAGUGAACAAGGCCAUGUCCUCCAUCAGUCGCCACUGUCCCCUGCUCCUGGUCUCUGCCGGGCGCUGGUGGGGCCGUCUCUCCCCUGUGGUGGGCUCUCUCUGGCGUCGUCUCACUGGGGGAGAACCCCUGCCCCGGCAGCUGAGCGUUCUGGCUGACUGUCACCUCUGGGCCUGCAGUUUAAAGGACGGGAUGUCACGCCCAGCCCCCUGUGGUCCUCCCCUGCUCCUGGCAGCCUGUCUGCACUCCGUAUGGGACGGCUGUGGGAGUGGCCAGGUCGUCAGGAUAAGCCUGGACAUGUUUGGACAACAGACGGAGGAGAACAGACAGCUGCUGGUGUUUCUCCUGUUCUUCUGUGUGACCGACCUGCUCACCGCUUUCCUCACACCCCAGGAGGUGAAGGGCCUACAGAGAACUCACGAACUCUGCAAAGAUAUCCUGACCGUCCUUGUGGACUCUGCUGAUUGGCUGCUGCUGUUCAAGACACCUGGCUCUGUUUUUCCUGUCCUAGAACAAGGCUUGUACCAGCCAGCAGUCAUGGUAACAUCAGAUCAACACACAAGACUGAUGCCUUUAGCAUUUUACAGCUUAGUCCCCCAUCUUAACUGUGAGGUUUUGGAGAGGACAGUGAAGGCCCCAGGGUUCCUCCACACUGCUGUCUUCUGCUACACUUCCCUCAUGAAGCUUUUCAUGGACGGCCAGUCUCCCUGUCCUGUGACAGAGCUCCCAACUGAUCAGAUGGACCCCUCAAAGAUUCUGACCCGGGCUCAGCAGGUGCUACUGAAGACCAUCUCUCUGACCUCCCCAAGCUCAGUACCUCAAUGUCAGUUGCACCAGCUGGAGACGUUGUGUGGUCACCUGGACCCUGAGGUGACUGCUGCUCUGGUCUCUCACCUCAGUGCUUCCAGCCUCAGCCCAGAGCUGGACUUCUUGUGAUGAAUUUGGCAGAAGGUGCUUCUUGGACAUACCGACUAUCUGGUCUUUCCUGAUGAACAUUAGAAAGCUAUUUUAGAGUGAGGACACCGAGACCUUGGUCGGAAGUUUCUGGUUAACGUGUGUGUGUGUGUGUGAGAAAACACUGUUUAUGCAUUGUAAAAAGGUAUCAGUACACAGAAGAGCCUGUUUUACAGCUUAAUUAAAAAAAAGCAUUUAUCUA